AUGAGGCUCUUCAGCUUACGACAAUGCAGUUGUCUCUCCAACAAGGCCACAGUGAUGCGUGUGGGGAGGGCAGAAUUUCCGUUGCUACCGAUGGCCAACCCCCUGCUUUUGGCAAAUGCAAGGUAUAACUAUUUCGCAGUUAGGUCUCGGCGUCGCAUUCACACAUCACGGUAUUUAUCCAAGAGUGCAAUUCUGCAGGAUACCCAGAAUAAUGAAGAACCUGAACUCUUACGCCCUGACCAGCUCUGCGAUGGAACGAUCCCGUAUCCCAAGGCCUUGUCACCAUCUGCCAUUAUGGAAUUCAAAAAAUGCCCCCAAUCCUUUCUGUUUCAGUAUCUCUAUGGAUUAAGACAACCCACCUCGGAAGCCUUGGCCAAAGGGUCCAUGUGCCACAGUGCCCUGGAACAUCUCUUUGAUCUAGAACCACAAGAUCGAACACUGAAAGUUCUGCAGGAUCUUUUCCGGACAGAAUGGUGCCGACAUCGAUUCACCGAUACCUACCGGAUACUCUUUGAAAAAUCCAAUCCAGACAAUCCACAGAUUUUAGAAUGGGAUACUCCGGCCGAAAGAGAGUGGGGUAAAUCGGCGUUGAAGUUGCUGGAGAACUAUUAUGAAUUGGAAGACCCAAAGACACUGGUUCGACCAAAUCCGCUCAAGCGUGAAAUCUGGCUCAAUGCCCACCUUUCCAUCGAUCCAGCACAAGGCGUCACUGCCAGCCCUCCAAAAGUGCAACCGGAUACUCCAACCUUUCAUGUACGAGGGAUCGUGGAUCGCUUGGAUAUGGUCAAGACAGCCGAUGCAUCGUCCAAAGUCUGUCUACGCAUUGUCGACUACAAAACUGGCAAGGCUCCCAAUCUCAAGUAUUCACAUCAAAUGAACGAACAAAUUGUCCAGGAAGCAUUCUUUCAACUCAAAAUCUACGCGCUGCUCUUGAGGGAAAAGGGCGCUGGAAACGACGUGUCCUUUCGAGAAAAUGAAAUGGAUGUUCGAUUGCUCCGAUUGUUCUACCUGAACUCCGAACCGGGGAGAGCGGUUCAUUGGGACAUGGACAUGGGAUCGACAAGAGUAGAGCAGGAUGCAUUGCUGCAGGAAGUGCAUCAAGAGCUGUCCAACGUAUGGAUGCAAGUUGUCGAGCUAGUAUCAUCACAGGACCCGCUAGCCUUUGUGGGUUGUGAUCGGUCGUUUUGCUAUUGCCACAAGUGUCGCCCCCGAUUCGUUCCUGGAACAGUGUGGGAGCCACCACCAUCCUAG